GGUCCCUGCACAAAAAGCUUCUGGCAAUGGCGGGGGAGGGAGGGUGCCUGGGUGGGGGAUGCAGAGCACCCACACGUGGCCGCUCCGCGGGGACGUUCACCACCAGCCCCGUCUCUUCCAGCCUCGUGGGCAGCGCGUCAGUCCUCGCUGUCACCUCCCGGCGGAGGCGGUGCUGCCACAUCCAGCUUCGCCCCCUGUUCCUGCUGGCCCUGGCAGAUUUCCUGGCUGCCGCCGUGCUGCUGAGCACGGCCACCAUCCAGCUGCUGCCAGCCCCGCUCUUCAUCCCGGCGUACGCUGCCUGCCCCUACGGACUGAUGCUGGCCACGACCUUCUAUGCAGUCUCAUUCCUGAUGGUUGUAGUCUACGCGUACGAAGCCUACCGUGCAAUCCACGGCUGGAGAGCGUGGCACGUGGCAGCUCUGCAGGAGAGGAGUGGGUGCCUGGAGAGCGCGUGGCAGGGUCUGCCCUACAUCCUGGCCUGGCUGCUGCCGGCGCUGACGCUGCUGGGACAGCUGAUUGCCCGCGGCACCUCCCUGACCGACAUCGCUCCAAAACCCAUCCAGCCCGUCGUGCCGUCCAACCGCUCCAACGAGACCUACAGCCUGUACUGCUCCAGCUGCCUGCUCCUCAUUCGCCGGUCCCAGGAUAUCUGCUACGAGUACGUAGGUAGGAAGGACGUGGGCCUGGAGGGGAAAAUCAUCUUCUUCCUGUACCUGCUGCUGGUGUUCAGCUGCUGCACGCUCCUGUACCGCAGGGUGAAGCUCUGGUGCCGCAGGAACGCCGCCGCUCCCUUGCUGGCCCUGGAGAAGGACGGCUUCGCAGGCAGGAGCAUCCGCAGUGUCAGCAGAGUCUCACACUACUUCCAGCUGGUUUUCCUGCUCUGCUGGGGGCCAGCCUUCCUCCUCACCAUCCUCUCCUUCACCAGCGUCAAACCUGCCUCGGUCUUUGUCCUCUAUGUUGCUACAGCCCUGACCACGUCCCUGCAGGGCUUCCUGCACAGCCUGGCCUACGGGUGGCUGAGACGAAACUUCCGCUGGGAGGCGGUGGGCCAGCGGCCCUCCCUGCAGCACCACAGGGGCCUCCAGGGCUUCUACGACGAGUCCCUGGGGGCCAUCCCCUAGGCUGCCACCCUGGGUCCCGCUGCGCCGAAGCCUCAGCACGAUUUGCACAUCCCCAGCGGCUCCCCGCAGCGGGGCAGGAUCUCGUGGACUCGGCCCUCCGUGCCUGGAGAGGUUCGUGCAGUGAGCCACCGGCAUGGGACAGGGUCCCCUGGGCAGGUUUCCGACCGCGGUGGUGGCUGCAGCAACGCUGCUGUGGUGGGACGUCUGCCCAUAGACCCCCGCUGCCGGAGGCGGCUGCAGCACGCAGACAUCGAACCCAGGCGCAGUCGCUGCAUGAGAGCACGACCGCGGCUUCCUGCGCGCUUCAGAUGAAAACCCCCAGGCACGGCGCUGCGCCGGGGCCACGUCGCCGCAGCCAUUUCCUCCGCCUGCGCUGCUGCCCCCGUCCCAAGGCAGCACCGAGCUGCUCCUGGCACUCUCACAGCCCCGGUGCAGAGCCAAAUGCUCCGAGCAGCAAGGGCUCAGCACCACGGCACAGCCCCACGCCCCAGCGCAGAAGGUCCCUGGAAGGAGGAUGCCCCAGCUGUGCUCCACCGCCGACUCCAGCAGUUUGCAGCCAGGGGGCUCGUGGCGUGAUGAAGCACCCAGGUGCCGGGGGGGGGAGGCUGGCAGCGUGCAGGCGAUUUGGCAGUCCCCAGCCCUUCCACCAACUGCGACUAAACCAAGGAAGGUGGCGGGUCUUUCUUCUGUCUGUUUUGUCUGGUCUUGUUUCAGUGUUACUUUCUGCCAGCAAGCAAUCCCAAGUCCUCCGCAGGGCUCGAGAGAAGGUGCUUACAAAUAAACGUGUUACAGCUGA